AUGGCCGCGGGAACGACUCGUCGGACGAGCCGCAGCACUCGGCGAGGCCUCUGCUUGCGUGCGGAGCAAGAAAGCCCGGCGGGGGAGGCAGAGCAGCGCGGCGCAACGGGGGAGAAGGAGUCGCGGAACGAGCUCCGCCUCAUGUCCGUUGCGCCCAUGCCCGUCGCCGCCCUUGCCGCUGCUGAUGCUCUCAGAGAGCUGUUGGAGCCGUAUGGGGAGUUGGUGCGUUCCUGGAACCUUCCUGACUGGCUCAUCCACUGGGGACAUCCCGGCAACAUGGCAGUGGUUCUUCUAGCCAUGGGGGGGUACGGCUCCUACCUGGGAUGGCAGAUCCGCCUUGCAUCCUCGCCUGAGGCCAAGGCAGCGGCGCGAGCAGCACACCCGCCCAUAAUGGGCUUCAUGUUUCUCUUCUUUGCCAUCGGUGCCACUGGUGGGCUCACCUCCCUAGUUACCACCGGCCGGCCCAUCUUUGAGAGAGCAGCCCACCCGCCCAUCAUGGCCUUCAUGUUUCUCUCCUUCGCCAUCGCUGCCACUGAAACGCAUGGCUGGUCUGCUGCUGCUCACCAUUCAGACUGCAAUGACUUCCCUCUUUAA